UCUCUCUCUCUCUCUCUCUCUAAAUUUCAACAAUGGAAGCUGCUACUGCUAAUCCUAAUGAUGUUCAAGUUCAACAUGUUACUAAGAAAUCGUCUGAUGAGUUGCUGAGGAAGUUCGUUGAGCUCGAUGAUGAUGAUGGUGGAGGUAAUAAGGGGGCGGCUUUUACGAAAGAGUUAAGGGUAAUGGUGGUGAAACGGCGAAAAAGGAGUGGGUUUCCCAGGUCCAGAAGGGAAUCAUUAGGUCACUGUGAGAGUCCUUCCAACAAUGGUACCACCGGCUUAGUUGAGCGGAAAUGGCUUCUUCCUCCGCCCGCCACACGCCGGUCUACUUUUCUUAAGCAACUUGGGAUCGGGAGGUCGCAGAUAAGAGCUAGGAAAAUCAGGAACAGGUCCAUCUUUGGCACCAUUGAGAAGACAUGGCGUAAAACCAUAGAAGGAGCUUCCAAAGUAUUCAUGGAGAAACAUUAUAAUAGGCACAGGCGUUUGAUUAAUGAUGUUGUCUAG